AUUAAAAGGCUAGAAUUUUACAAUUAGAUUUUAAAUUAAAAUACUUUUUCAUAUAUUAUUUUUUAAAUUUUCCAUAAAAAUGAAUUUAUUUGAAAAAGUAAUUUUUUUAGUAAUUUUAACAUUAAACAGAAAUGUGACAUCAGAUGAAGAACUAUCAAAUACUACAAACAACAUGUUACAAGUACCAUAUUGUUUUAGAUUUACUUGGCUGGGACCACAAGCAACUAAAGAAAGUUUAGAAAAUAAUGCAACAUGUGAUGAUUUAAAUUUAAGGAAAACUGAUCCAUGCAGAUUACCUUUAGUUGUGACAGACAAUACAAAUAUUCCAAAUACAACAUGGCUAUGGAAAAAAUAUGAAAAUAAUAAGAUUGAAGAAAUUGCAUGUAGAUUAGUAAAAAGUGAUGUUUGUGCAAAAAUUACAUUUAGCUAUAAUCAACAAGUUGAAAACAUCACAUAUUUAUGUACAAAGGUUAGCAUAGAUGGAGAGGGUGCUGCUCCACUCGGAUGCUAUGUAACUGAUCUUGGUAGUGGAAGGCAAACAGAAGUUUGUACAUGUGAAUCAAGCGCUGGAAAAGAACCGUGUAAUGAGGCAAAUUCUAGACAAAUUAAUGUAUUUUGGAAAUAUUUUACUUUUACAAUGACUAUCUAUUCAUUAUUUACUUUCACUUAAGUAUACUAUACACUCAUAUAUAUCUAUAUAAAAUAUAUUUCCUCUGAAAGUUUUUUCUUCAUAUUUUUAUAUGCAUGUACUCGUAUGUAUAAUAUCCGUGUUUAAAAUAUGAAGUUGUAUCUACAUGCGGAUUUCGCGCUAAACUUCUCCAUUAGAAAAAGUAUGUAUGUACACAUGUUCAUAUAUAUACAAAAGAUAUUUUAAGCCUGAUGAUCGAAGUUAAAUUUGAUUUAAUUUUAAUUAUUAUAAAAAAAAUAGUGAAAUAUUUAAAGAAUAUAAGAAUAUUUGUAUUAAAAUUUUGUACCAGGCCACAUAAUUGCAGAUUUUAGCACUAUAAUGAUGUAGUCUCAGAACAGGGUGAUUACAAAAUCGAUAUUGCAAA